ACUUCCUGCACCGCUUCACUGUGAGCCCCGCCCCGCUCCGCUCCGACUCCGACUCGGCAGUGCAGCCCACCCGGACCUCAGUUUUCACCCCCCUCCGUCUGUGAAGAGCCACUGAAGAGAUGUCCAGCUCCGAGGUCGAUACCGCGACCCUCUGCCUGUUCGAUGUUGACGGGACGUUGACGGCAGCUCGGCAGAAAGCGACUCCGCAGAUGCAGCAGUUCUUGAGCAAACUGAGACAGCGAGUGAGAGUCGGCGUCGUCGGAGGCUCAGACUUGAGCAAGAUCAAGGAGCAGCUGGGCGAAGAUGUUAUUGAGCGCGUGGACUACGUUUUCGCUGAGAACGGUUUGGUCGCCUACAGAUUUGGGCAGCUACACUCCAUACAGAGUAUUCAGGCAUAUCUUGGGGAGGACAUUCUACAAGACUUCAUCAACUUCUGCUUAAACUACUUGGCAAAGAUUAAACUGCCCAAGAAAAGGGGGACGUUUAUAGAGUUUCGGAACGGGAUGCUGAACGUUUCUCCCAUCGGCCGAAGUUGCAGCCAGCAGGAGCGGAUAGAGUUCUUUGAGCUUGAUAAGAAAGAAAAGAUCCGAGAGAAGUUUGUGGCUGUUUUAAAAGAAGAGUUUGCUGGAAAGGGACUGGCUUUUUCCAUUGGAGGGCAGAUCAGCUUCGACGUGUUUCCUGAAGGCUGGGAUAAGCGGUACUGUUUAGGCAUUGUGGAGCAGGACUCCUACAAAACCAUCCAUUUCUUUGGAGACAAAACCAAGCCAGGAGGAAACGAUUACGAGAUCUACGCAGACCCCCGGACCAUCGGCCAUGAAGUCACGUCACCUAAUGAUACACAGCGUAUUUGUGAGGAGCUCUUCUUCAGCUGAGUGGUCCUGUUCACUACCUCUGACCUCCACAUGCACCUGCCACAUCAAGGACCUGUGAUCUUCAAGGUUGUACUGUAUGAUUAUCUUCUGUGACUUCAAUGUCACGGUACUAGAAUCUAGAGCCCUAGAGCUCUAGAGCCCUGGCUGCUUUUUUUUUUUUUACCUCAAAUUAAGCAGUUGAUCCACACAUUUAGGGCAUAUUCAUCUCUUUUCUGGUUAUCUGAGCCUUAUAUGCAUACAAAAUGGGCUUCAUGGGAGUUUAAAAAAAAAACAUGCUAGAUUUAUAUUUUGCGUGAAAAAAAGACCAAUACAUUUUGUCAUGCGAUCCUCUAGAUCCUCAGAACUAUGAGGCUGAAGUCAUUUUUUUCAUCUAAUUAUUGCUGUAAGCAAGCCAAUAUACGUGUGCCUUGAAAUGACAUCACAUUAGUAAGUUUAAUACUGUACUUGUAUAGCUGUAUUCCAUAACACUGGCUCCUCAAACUGUGGGCAACUGCUACCAAAGCAACUUGAACACCUCAUUUGGCAAAGCUCUGGUUUGGGUGGGUUAUUUGGUGGUGAUGAUAGUUCAAAGCGCAAUAGAGUUAAUAUUUCGACUACCGCUGUUUAACAACCUCGUACUUCUGAGAAUCGAGUGAUGCUUGGCGGAAAAGUUUGAAACUAUAAAAUGACAUCAUAUGACUUCAGAUGUCUUCAGUGAAGGAUCUCAAGAUUUUAGACACAUGACGUUUGUGGUAUGUUCCUUGUUCCACUUCUGGUCCAUCCUUGUUGCUUUUUUUAACAUGAGCACAAAUUUGGACCUUAAAUUUCCUCACAAGUGUGCUUAAUGUUACUGAAAAAUGGAAUCCAUAUGAUCAAGGAUGCUUGUGUUGAAAGCACAGUUGGAACUGCAAAUUGGCAGUGUUGGCAUGGAACUUCCAAGGGAAAGGAGUUGGGGUCAUUUUGCUUUUUAAAUGAAGAAGACAGAGCUGUGAACACAGGAUCAGUCAUCUUCAAACUAUAAAGAACUCCAUAUAAUUGCUCUAAAUCGUUUAUAUUAUUUUGCAGAUGAGUCACUCUACAUAAUGGGAAUACAUAUUAUUUGAGGGUUUUAAAAAUACUUUAUGCACUAAUGGUUCUGUGGUUUAUUGUAUAUAAGACAAAGUUAGAGACUGAUUAUAUCUUUUUUAAUUGGGAAAACAAUUAUGCAUGUUAAAUGUGACAGUGUAGUAAAACUGGGCUACACGUCACUAUUACCAGCAUAAAAUGUCUAAUAUUUUAGGCAUUACUUGCACUUCUGAAUAAUUGAAUUGGUUUACAUUAUUAGAUGUUAUCAGAUUGGAAAUUCUGGCUGCACAGUCCAUCUGCAGUUCUAUUUAGUUUAUGGUAAAAAGGGGUUAAUAUCACAGGAGGGGGAUAUAUAAGGGCAUUUUAUAGAAGGGGAUGAGGAGUCUUUUUGGAUAGAGGUUUGUUUGAGUUUUUGUGGAUGAAUUGAUGGUAUGUGAAGUUUCAUGGCUGUUACUGCGUUUUAAAUGUACCCACUCAUUUUAAACAUGUAUGAAUAAAACCUUGAAUUCUGUGUUUUA